CUUCCUCAAAAGGGAUUACAAGCAUGAAUUCCCAUAUAGUAAGCGAAUAAUGAAUAUUUUCAAACACCGCGGAGUUGUCGGACCCUGGACCGGAGCAGUGUUACAUGGUGGGAUACUGACGUGGACGGAUGGUUCAAGCACUAAAUUCUGGUCAAACCAACGCAUCCCGAGAGGACACAAUGAUGAUAGCUUAAUCAUUGUGGCGAAGAAGUAUAGGCAGUUCAAACUGAGCUUUGCAAAUUCGCAUAAGAAGUACCCUUUCUUCUGUGAACAGGAUCCCCGGACACCUUUCGUUGCUUAUCCAAAUAAAGGGAAAGAAAAGGUAAAAAAAUGUGACGAAGACUGGUUAAGGUCCGGUACAUUCUGUUACAAAUAUUUUCCCAGACCGUUGUCAUUCGCACGGGCUGAGAUGGAAUGCACGUUCCAUGCAGGACACUUAACAAGCAUUACCAGCAAGGAAGAAUAUGAAUUGGUCAACAAGAUAAUACCCAACAAGCAUGAAAUAAUGAAUGCUUGGGUGGGAAUGAAAACCUGGAAAGGUGAGAAGGGAGCACACUGGAGGUGGACUGAUGGAGCAGCGGACAGUUACAAGUUCAAGCACGCAAUUGAUGAGGUCCCGAGAGGAGCCGAUGUGGCAAGACUGCUCAAGUACCAAGGACAGCCACAAGGGGCAUUUGACACCACCAAGACACACGCGUACCCUUUCGUUUGUAAGAAGAGGGUAAACGCAUUGUGCGAAGAUCAGUGGCAGCAUUUUGACGGAGGGUGUUACCGGCUCUUCCUCAAUCGACGCCCAUUCCUUGACGCUGAAGCCGAUUGCCAUCGCUACAACUCUCAUCUGACCAGCAUGAACAGUGAUGCCGAGUAUAAAUUCCUGCGUGAUAUGUACAGAAACAAGCAACGUUUAGGAAAGCGUAUUCUAAACAUGUUCGGUAACAACAUCGCAAUUGUUGGCCCCUGGGUUGGCAUCGUCAUUCAUGAUGCGAACAAGGUACACUUCAGCUGGACGGAUGGGUCACCCACUCUCUAUAACCCGGAGGUUCAUAAAUACAAGUUCAUACAUAAGGAAAGGAACAAGCUUGCGGUGGCGAAGCUCGCAAAAGCUCACCAUUUCCUCCUGUGGCCCGAGGAUAUGAGAAAUAAGAUGCCUUAUAUCUGCGAAAAGAAAGUCGGGGAACGCAGAAAAAACGACAUUGGUUCUCGGGCAAUUUCGAAGCUAAGGAAGCUGCUCCAAGGGAUUGCUUCAGGUGAAAAUGUACACAAAGUGCCCACAAAAGCGCCAGGAUACACUAAACCAAAGAUAGGCGGACCCACACCAAAACAUGCCAUUACAGGGACGACAACCAGUAAGAUAACGUCCACGGCCACAAUGAAAAUGACAACGCCUCCGGUUACAUCAGCUGAAGAAACGACGACAACGACUACCUCUUCUGUCGUCACAACUACCCAAAGCACAACAACAACAACAACAACUCCCACGACGAAUCCGACUCCUGUCAUGACCACAACAACAAGUACAACUCCUACUCCCACUAAGCAUUCUAAUCCUGCAGUCACAACAACCAAAAGGACAACCAAUGUUCCAGAAACAACAUCACAACCUCCAAAGUUAAAAGUACCAACAACAAGCACAAUGCCCGCGCCAGUCACCCCAUUGCGUCCAUCUAACUGGACCCUAUUCCGUGACCACUUGUACGGCUGCAUUCGAGAGAAGCUGUCGUUUGAUGAUGCUGAGAAGAGUUGCUUGAAAUAUGGUAGCCAUCUUGUCAGUAUACAUAGCAACAAAGAGUACGAGUUGGUCAUGCGACUGAUGCCCCGCACUGAGCGAUAUCCUCAAGCCUGGAUAGGAAUGCGGGUCCAUCACAGCGCCACGGGCGAAAUAAGCUUUACGUGGACGGAUGGGACGAAGGACGAUUACAAGGCUCUGCCUAUGAAACUGGACGGACGCCCCGUAGGAGCCAAUGCAGCCAGGGUAGUCAUUACCAGGGCAAGACCACUAUUCGGGACGGUGCACGACACGAAGGGAGCCUCCAAAUACUACUUCGUAUGCAGGUCAGUCGAAGUGACAAAAUAAGAUGUAUCCA